AGGAAAGUUCUUGAUUGCAGUCUGGGCUUUGCUGCUGGGGUUAUGUUGGCAGCUUCCUAUUGGUCACUUCUAGCACCAGCAAUAGAGUUAGCUGAAUUAUCGGGUUACUAUGGUGAUGAGGGUCAAUGGUCUUUCAUACCCAGUGCUAUAGGGUUUGGUAUUGGUGCUCUAUUUGUCUACUUUGCUGAUUGGAUGCUGCCAUAUUUGGGAGUGUGCUCUCCAAAUAUAGCCUUGGCAUUAGAAGCUGAAAUGAAACACAAUAAAGAAGAUAGUGAAUCCAACACUUGGAAUGAAUAUGAGAAUUCAACCACUAUUAUAGGUUUACCAGCCAAUGGGCCAUCAAGUACAACACAGCGACGAAGACCAGGGCUUGGUAACUAUGACAACAGUGUUGAUAUCAAUGAAGAAGAACUCUCAGUAAAAAGAAGCUCUAUAACAGAACAAAAAAAAACAAGUUGGCGGAGAAUAGUUUUAUUAAUAAUUGCCAUUACAAUACAUAAUAUACCAGAGGGUUUAGCAGUGGGGGUGGGCUUUGGUGCAAUUGGAAAAACUCCUUCAGCUACAUUUGAAAAUGCAAGGAAUCUUGCAAUUGGUAUUGGAAUUCAAAAUUUCCCAGAAGGCCUUGCAGUUAGUCUUCCACUCAGAGGUUCAGGGUAUUCUACGUGGAAAAGUUUUUGGUAA